AUACAAUAACUUUCUGCCUUAUAACUUAUUUACAUCUUACACCUAUAUAAUACAUCUUGCUUGUAUUCAUAUUCACAGCAUGUUGACGUUGUACUGUAAUACCUUAAUAACAACUGUAUUACCAAUGUAAUAAAUACCACAUGCGCUGUUAUACAAUAGGAACUUUUCAUAUGAAGAAUGUUUCUGCAGGGACAGUAAACUGAGGCGGACCUAUCGUGUACAUGUGCCGGAUGUAAACACAGUUACCCACGUGUUCAAGCCGCAAGUAGUGCAGCCGAGUGACUCUUAUAUCAUUUUUGGUCUUUCGAGGGCGAAGCACAUUAAAAGUUAUGGCAGGCAGAGGUCGAGGAAGAAACCAGUUUACUUUUAAUGUGGACUCACUGGGUUUCGGGAGAGGAGAAUCUUUACCCACAUCCACACAUACACCUUCUCCACUUUUUCCUCCGAUGCAGUUUAGGCCAGUGCCGCUUCAUACAGGUGAAGAAGUGGAGUAUAUGCUCGCUCUUAAACAGGAGCUGAGAGCCUCCAGUAAGAAUCUGCCUUUCCACAUCAGAGCAGCCAAAGCAAAGAAAGAUGUGGCGCGGUACUCUGAUAAAUACCAAAAAGGUGAACCAAAAAACAACACCAUUGAAUGGAAUCCAGACUGGAGUCGAAUGCCCAAAGAACUUUGCAUUAAAGUACGGAAACCUCUGAAAACAAGUGCCACACCACAACUCAAGCAAAAACCAAAAAAAGCUGUGGGCAAAGAAGAGGUUCUUAAAAAACUAGAGACACUUGAGAAGAAAGAGCAAGAGCAGCAUUCUGAGGAAGAGGAGGAGGAGGAGAAGAAGAAGAAAAAAGAGGAAAAUGAGGAAGAUGAGCCAGAUGUGGAUGAAGACUAUGAGGAAGAAGAACUUGAAGAUGAGACAGACUACAUCAUGUCUUACUUUGACAAUGGAGAAGAGUUUGGAGGAGAUAGUGAUGACAAUAUGGAUGAAGCUGUUUAUUAGCAUGUUUUAUUGAAUUUAAUUUUAAUCUAGUGAGUUCUGGAGUGCUACAUCAUAUGGUGUUAAUUUUACAGAAAUAUUUUAUCAAGAAGUGUCUUAAAUCGAGCUAUCAUUGCUCAGUACGAAUGUGGUUCAUGAAUAAUGAAUAAGUAACUUAAGUGUGAUUUCAUUAGCAACUGUAUUAAGUAAAAGACAGCCAGCGCUGCUACUAAGACUUUGUCAUUUCUAAACUGGCUGCAUACUAUACUAAGCAAUAAUAGUGAAUAUACAUACAGCUGCUUUUCCGCUUGCAUGAGGUAAUAUUUCUGAAACCACUGAGACAAUCUCACACUGCACUUUUAUAUCAAUAUUAUUAUUAUUAUUAUUGUAAUUUUGGAAAGGUUAUUGGUUAAAAUUGUUUUUAAUAUUCAAGUGGAUCAGCUUAAAGUGGAGUCAUCAUUCCCUUUUGUUAUAAACGUGAAGACACUAGAACAUUUAAAAAUGUUUUUUGUUUACACCUGAUAAAAACUUGAAAUAAAAAUGACAAUUGUU